UUCUUCAGUUUGGGUAGCCUCCAGUCCUUUGGGAAGCAGCUUUCAACUCAUCUGCAACUGCAAGGAAGAGCGUGGAAAACACGCGUUCUCAGACAUGGCUACGAAAAAUCCGUCGUUCAAGAUAAUUCUGGGCUCUUCUUCGAAGGCUCGCAGACAGAUUCUUGCUGAGAUGGGAUACGAGUUCACAAUAAUGACUGCAGACAUUGAUGAGAAAGGUAUUAGGAGGGAAAAGCCAGAAGAUUUGGUAAUGGCAUUGGCAGAGGCAAAGGCUGAUGCUAUUGUGCAAAGGCUCCGUGCUGGAGGUCCAUUGGAGGAAGAUGCUUCUACAAGACUGUUAAUUACUGCAGACACUGUUGUGGUGUAUCGAGGAACAAUCAGGGAAAAACCAACUAGUGAAAAAGAAGCACGGGAAUUCAUAAAAGGAUAUUCUGGUAGUCAUGCAGCAGUGGUAGGAUCUGUUGUGGUAACUAACCUCAUGACUGGAAAACGUUGUGGAGGAUGGGACAGUGCAGAGGUUUACUUCCUUGAAAUUCCAGAUGCGGUCAUUGAUAAUCUGAUUGACGAGGGAAUCACAUUCAACGUUGCCGGGGGUUUGAUGCUGGAACAUCCAUUGACUUUACCCUUUGUGGAUGCAGUGGUUGGGUCAACUGAUACAGUGAUGGGACUUUCCAAAGAUCUUACAGAGAAACUCUUACUGGAAGCUCUAUAACUGCUGCUAAAGUAAAAAUUAUAUUCUGAUCGACGCCAUGUGCUGGCUGACGGCAAACAUUACUUCAAUUAUACAGUUUUUGUUUGCAUCCGAUUCAUGUAAAACAAAUACAAAUUACAUACGAGAAUACCUGAGACUUACUACUUACUGAUUAUUGUUUU